UCUGCACAACAACAGCGGCAGAUUCGAAGCGAGCAAACAUGGCGGCGGGUCAAGAUGUGGACGAAAACACACAAAACAGAAGAAGCACGCAGUCCUCCGUGGUGAUCCAUCAGGAUGAUUCCCAAGGAGGGUCCCACACCGUCCGUCAGCCCGUCAUCUUCAACCCAGACUUCUUUGUGGAGAAACUCCGCCAUGAGAACGCUGAUGUUUUCCUGGAGCUGGUGUUGAGUAACAUCACUCGCCUCAUCGAUCUUCCCGGAACCGAGUUCUCGCAGCUCAUCGGGGAGGAGGGCCCCAAGACUCCCACCGCUGGGAACGGGGGCUUCUUCCGCUCCUUCAACUUCCUCAAACGUAAAGAUAAAGGUGCCGUGUUUGGUACAGCGCUGUCAGAAAGCUCCCUCGCUCAGAUCUACCAGCUGAUCGAAUUCCUCAGUAAAAACCUGCACAUAGAGGGUCUGUUUCGAGUGCCAGGGAACAGUGUUCGGCAGCAGGCCCUGAAGGAGCUCCUCAACAGCGGCGCUGACGUGGACCUGCAGUCCGGAGACUUCCAUCCCAAUGAUGCGGCUACGCUGCUCAAGACUUUCCUGGGGGAGCUGCCUGAACCGCUGCUCACGCACAGACACUUCCAUGCGCAUCUGAAGAUAGCUGACAUGACUUUGUUCGACGAGCAGGGCAACAAGACGUCUGCGCCCAACAAGGAGCGUCAGAUUGAAGCCGUGCAGCUUCUCUUCCUCCUCUUGCCCGCUGCCAACCGCUCGCUGCUCAAGCUGCUGCUGGACCUCCUCUACCACACGGCCAAGCAGCAGGACAAAAACAAGAUGUCCGCCUUCAAUCUGGCACUAAUGUUCACACCGCACGUGCUCUGGCCACGACACAUGACGGCCCAAGACCUGAAAGACAAGCUGAAGACACUCAACAACAGCAUGGCUUUCCUCAUCAGACAUUCGCAGAAGCUCUUCCGGGCUCCGGUCUACCUGCGGGAGCAUGCCAAAGCACACUUCAUGAAGAACACAGCCCUGUGGAGUAAGGAUGAUCUGGACCUGCUGACGGUGAGCCACUCACCCACCCGGCAGGUGGUGCUGCCGCUCAAGAGGGCGGGGGUACCAAUCCUGUCCGGCCCGGAGCAGUGCCAGUCUCCUGCUCAGCAGUACACGGAGGAGGCACUGAAGGAGCUCUUUCAACACGUGCACCACAACAUGCCGGACUCGGCCAAAAAGAAGAAAUUGGUCCGACAGUUGGUCAAACAGACUGCCGUGACCACACCCAACAAGGAGCACAGCCACGCCCCUCCCAGCAAGAAGCACCCGCGCUCUCGCUCGUUAGGAGGACUCAUCAAGCGUAAAGCUCGAGUGGAUCAGCUGACAACAGAGCGGCGAGUGAGGCACAUCUCUCCUGACGCGGUUGCCAGGGCAACCCGAAAACACGGCAAGGAGAACGUCGUCCUGCAGGAGGUGAAAAUCCCGCUAAAUGGCGGCAUGCGAGGGAGUGCGGGGCUAGUGUUGAAGAACCCAGACUUCAACUUUAAUAGGGACAAAGCUGUAAAGGUGUCCAAGCAGGACACGCCCUGCAUUGCCAGGAUUUGCUUCUCGCCCCCUCACGAAGUCUCGCUGUAAAUCCCGCUGUCUUGUGGUUUUUCUGUGACCCUGCACAAAGCUGCAGCGCCACCAGUGUGACCUUUUCAUACUACAGUACACACAUGUGACAGUAUUAAUAUAACAUCAGGCCUGCCUGCCACUUCAUUAGGUACACCAUCUGAUGAGAUGCAGCUUUUACAAAAAUAAUGUUGACUUUUGAUUGACACUGUCAGAGGGGUAUUCAAUUAACUAUGUUAAUUAUUAUAACAUACUGAGAGCUGUUUCUAAUAUUUGACCACUUUAUUUAGCAACAUGAUGUGGUAGAAAUAUGAGAAACAGUAAUAAUCAAAAGUCAACAUGUAUUGGAUCGAAUGAAGUGGCUGUUGAGUGUGUACUUUAAAAAAUGACGGUACUUUGGGAUUUAAUGUGGCCCAUAACUUAUUUAUUUCAGUAUGUGGGACAUUUUUUUUAAUUUUAUUAUUAUUUUUUUUUAAAGCAAAUGUGAACGGUAGCAAUUUGGUGUCAGUGAACUUUAUCAUGAACAUCUUCCAUAAUGUGAAUGACUUAAAAGCAGACUUUUAUUUUAGUCGCACAGGAAGCCAUGACCACUAGCUAUCUGAUCUUACUACUAUUACUAAUUUUAAACUAAUAUAGACUGCAUCAACCGGAUUGACUGCCUCUUGUCUACAUAAUGUCGAACGGCCAGUAUGAGGCGGCCCCUAGCGACCACGUGGUUGCCAUGACAACAUCGACACAUUUCAGAUCAUCCCAGUACAAAAAGCAAGCACCAGGCAGUUACGUCCACUCUUUACUACAGUUUAUAUGGAACAUGUUAAUACGUGUAUACUGUUUACAUGUCAUUGUUACCACUGUUUAUUGUUUGUGUUCGUCCCGUCGAGUCAAAAGCGCCAUCUUGACGCAUUCCAAGACUGGGACUUGGAAUUGCUGUUACUUUUAUUUUUUUCUGUCGGAUUUUUUUUUUUCUUCAGUUCUUUGCGAGUAAGGAAGGUUCGGUUUUUUUUUUUAAUGAUUUUAAAAUGGAAGUGACAAGAGUGUUUUUGUGUGAGGACGAUGACGAUGGAGACUGACUAAUGUGGGAGUAUGUCAUAUUUAUGGAAGCUUGAAAGUGGUGUUAACGUGUUUGUGGAACGUGAUCCUCAAGUGACCUUCCUUACUUGUGUGUCGUAAGACCAUUUUAUUUUGAACAUUUUCAGCCAGAACUCGUGAGGGAAGUUAGUAACAUCCAAACUAAACUUGAUGUGACAUGUUAGGUUGUUAGAAACUUGAAGCUAACCCGAGCGAAACCAUCGCGAGUUGAACAUUUCUGGAUAAUAACUUCUUUUCUGGCAGCUUUUCUAAUUUUGCUGUAAAAUAACAUGCAUAUUGGCAAGUGUCCACUUUGGAUUAAA